UUCACAAUAUGAGAUUACAGUAACACUUGCCGUAUCUUUCUUAGGAAUCAGACUUGAUGCUCUACUUUUAGUUCUAAAGUGAUAGCUCAGGACGUGUCUUAAUUUUUCAGUUGUAUAGGAGACUUUUAUCCACACGAAUCAAGACCUUCCUUCUUUGAUCAGAAGAUAUGUCAUCUUCAAUAUGAAGAUUUUGGAUUCAUCUCUGGAGUAAAUAAAUAGUCAUAAUCUGACAAUGAACCUGAUCCGAGAUCGGUGGGCUCGUCCCAACAUGGAAAUGAAUGAAGUUCAUAAUUAUAACUUGGAACUGGUAAAGCAUGGUACGUCUCCACGAUGGCAAAAGAGAAAGUCUACAUUAAUCACAAGCAAAUGUGGAGAAAAUCCACGUCCAUUUUUUGUAGCCCGUGCCAUUGCUAUAGCUAUGGGGAUCCAUUUCAUUAUAAUGGUAAUGAUAUGCGGUGCCAUAUUCAUACAUUCAUUAUUCAACCAAGAAGCUCCAAUUUCUUUGCAAGAAAGUUAUUGUGGCCCAUGUCCUAAAAACUGGAUAUGUUAUAAAAAUAACUGUUACCAAUUUUUUAAUGAGAGCAAAAACUGGUACCAGAGCCAAGCUUCUUGUAUGUCUCAAAAUUCCAGUCUCCUGAAGAUAUACAGCAGAGAAGAUCAGGACUUCUUUAAAUUAGUGAAAUCAUACCAUUGGAUGGGACUAAUACAAAUUCCAGCAAAUGGAUCUUGGCAGUGGGAAGAUGGCACCACUCUCUUACAGAACCAAUUAACAAUGGUUGAAAUGCAGAAUGGAACCUGUGCAGUUUAUGGAUCAAGUUUUAAAGGUUAUACUGAAAACUGUUCAACUCCAAACACAUACAUCUGCAUGCAAAGGAUUGUAUAAAUGCUUAUGAUUUAUAAAAAAUAAAGAAUUCAAGAGCACAGAA